UGCAGGGAAGUCUUAGAAGAAGUGAUCUCUAAGGUGAGAGAAGAAGAGAUAUCAGGUAGGCAGUGAGGUAAGAUAAUCAGGGAAGUCGGGGCAAAAAGAGCAAGGUAGGAGAGAAUGUGGCCUUCCUGGAAGGGAGAGCGGUUCAGAAAGGUCGAUGUGGACAGCAAGGCUGUGUGGCAGAGGGUGAAGCAGGGGCCACAGUGUGCAAGGCCGCAAGAGCUACUGAUUCCCUGGUGCGUGUGUUGAAGGAGUAGAGAAAUGGUGUUGAAGGGGGCAAAAAAGGUUGGUGGUGAGGCAAGACAGAGGGAGAAGGCACUGGCGGAAAGCUCCCCUCCCAGAAAGUGAGAUGUGAGGAGAUGAGCCAGAGGAGCAGGAGGGACGGCUCAGCAAGCCGUUUCUGGUCCUUCCAACAGUGAGAUCCUGGACGGCUCUGUGUCAUCACCCCUAGUCAAAAAAUAGAGUGUAUACUGCACUGGGGCUCUUCUAUAUAGUGGCCAGAGAAGACUUUUGAGCAGCGAUCUGAGAUAGCUUGGGGAAGAGCAUUCUCGGUAGAGGGAACAGAAAGGGCCAAGGCCAUGAGUUGGAUGGCUGGAGGCCAUGGUGGGGACCGUGAGGAGGGCAGGGAGGCCAGAAGGGGUCCAGUUAGGCAGGCCGUCAUCAGCCAUGGUAGAUUGUUUACAGGGAUAAUGGGGAGCCAUGGGAGGGUUUUUAGCAGGAAGUGGCUGUUCAGUAGCCCAGUGCCCCUUCACCAUUCCUCUGUCCCUAGGCAAAAGCAGCAUGGAGAGUGGACAGAGAGUGUCCCAAAAAGGCCGGAAGCUGGGCUCCAGCCGGCGGCGGCAGACACGAGAACCGGCUGAUGACCAGGAUGCCCUCAUGGUCCCAGAGUCAGAGUCCUGGUCCUCCCAGGCAGCUGCAGAACUGCAGGCCUUCUUCCAGGACUGUGGCGCCAAGGAGAGGGGCGUUGUCACCCGAGAGGACCUGGCGAUGGCCAAGUUCAGCUUCCUGGGCAGUGAGGAGGAAGCAGAGAUGAUCUUUGACUGGGUGGAUGUGGAGCAGAAGGGAUGUCUCUCCCUGGAAGAAUUCAGCUCUGGGCUCAAGAACAUCUUUGGCUCCAGCCCAAGUGCCCACAGGCUCCGCAGACGGAGGACCCCGCACUCUAAGCGAGGAUCUGCAGCUGCCAGCUUCCCAGGGCUGGAGGAGGCCGACGCUGGGGAGAAGGAGGCGUUCUUUGCCUUCAUGGAGCAGCUGGGGUCCGACCACCUACUUCCCGAGCAGGUGGAGAUCUGGCAGCUGUGGGGGAAGCUGCGGCAGGAGGAGCCCCAGCUGGCAGGCAACCUGGAGGGCUUUCUGGCCAAGAUGAGCAGUCGCCUGCAGGAGGCGCAGGCCGACCGGAAGGUUCUGGAGCUGACCCUGAGGAAGCGGGACUCUGAUCACCAUAAUGAGGUCCAGAAACUCUAUGAGGAAAUGGAGCAGCAGAUCCGCCGGGAGAAGCAGCAGCUGCAGGCCGAGAGUGACUCCUGGGACCUGGCCUUCAGUUCCCAGAUACAGGAGGUCCUGGAGGCCAAGGAGCAUGAAGUGCAGCAGCUGACUGAGGGCCAGAGGGAGUUGGAGGCCCAGCUCCACCACCUCAGCAGCACACACCAGGAGACCAGCUUGGAGAACCAGCAGCUUCGAGAGGCAGAGCGUGACCUGGCUGGGCAGCUGAAGGAGGUGCGGGGGCAGCUACAGGUGACCAGGGAGCACAUACACACUGCCAGGGGCCGUGUGUCCUGGCAGAUGGAGGAGGAACCCAGUGUCUCUGGAGCGGGUGAGGAGAAGGCACCAGACCUUCAGGCAGCCUCCUCCGAGGAGGUUACCCUGCCCAGACUGUUUGGGGACAACGACGACUGGGACCACCUCCUGAGUGGCUUCAGCAGCACCCCACACAGAGCUCUGCAGCUCUCCUGGAGCACACCCCCAACCCCAAGAACCCCCUCAGGCUCCCAGGCACCCCGAGUGGUCAGGCAGAUCUCCAUCUCAGAGCCACAUGCUUUGCUGUUUGGGCUGGAGCCAGCUUCAGAUUCAGACCCGGAGGGGGCUCCCAGGAGUCCCCCUGGGGUGCCUUCCAGAGCUGAGAGGAAAGCAGUGCCCCCGGACUGGCAGGACAUAAGCCCAGAGCUGACUGUUGAGCCUCACAGCCCAGAACCUGAGGAGGAGCCUGGCCCUGGAGCCCUCUCCCACUGGAGUCCCCCAGGGGUCCCAGCUGGGGAGCCUGGGGGCCUGGUGGCAGCUGAGCUCAAAGAGCUCGUUCCUCUGGAGGAAAGAUCCACUCCCAGUGUGGCCUCUCCCCGGCCGCAGGCCUCAUACCCAGAUGACAAGGGCCCCGGGCCUGCGCCUGCCCCUACCAAGUCACCCAGGCACGGAGAGGCCCUCCAUCUGGCCCCACGCCCUGCUGGCCCAGGGCCAGGCCCGGGGUCCCUAGGAGCUGGAGCCCUCGCAGCAGGGCUGGCUGAGCCCCCCCAGGGUCUGGAGCCUGAGGGUCAAGCUCCUGCAGAGGGAUUGGAGCAGGGCAAGCCGGGCCCACACAUGCAAGAGGGCCACCCUGAGGGGCUAAGAGAAGCGUAUGGCCAGGCCCUUGGGCCAGACGGCCUGCCUGCCCUCCCCAGCCAUCGUCUGGAAGAGGAGCCCAGGGCUGAGGAAGGGAAAGAGGUGGACCAAGGAGGGCAAUACCUCAGUUCAGAGCAGUCAGCUGAGUCAGCCCAAUUCCCACAGCAAGAUUCUCUGCUGGCUGCUCUCCCAUGUGACAAACCCCAGGCUCAGGCUGAAGAAGAGGCCCCUGCUCCUGGAAAGCCAUCUCCUCCAAGAGGUUCUUCCCCCACAGGGACUCAGCCUGGCGAUGGAGCAGGGCCCCGGGAGCCCACACUAACCCUCCCCAGCUUGGCUGAGCUGGAAGCCCAGUCCACUGCUCCGCCCACAACUGCUCACACGGAAGGAGAACAAGGCCCUCCACAGUCCAGGCAGCCAGGGGCAGCCAAUAGGCCUAAUGGCCUAGGAAUGGACUCGGGAGAGGCUGGGCUGACCCCGUCCCCGGGGAGCCCCAUGGCCAGGGACCCUGAUUGCAUCUUCCAUGUCAUCUUCCUGGGAGACUCGAACGUGGGCAAAACAUCCUUUCUGCACCUGCUGCACCAGAACUCCUUCGCCACUGGACUGGCAGCCACUGUGGGAGUGGAUUUUCGGGUCAAAAACUUGCUGGUGGACAACAAGUGGUUUGCACUGCAGCUCUGGGACACAGCUGGCCAGGAGAGGUACCAUAGCAUGACACGGCAGCUGCUCCACAAGGCUGACGGGGUGGUGCUCAUGUAUGACAUCACCUCCCAGGAGAGCUUCGCCCAUGUGCGCUACUGGCUGGACUGUCUCCAGGAUGCAGGGUCUGAUGAGGUGGCCAUCCUUCUCCUGGGAAACAAGAUGGACUGUGAGGAGGAGCGGCAGGUACCCACAGAGGCUGGGCAGCAACUGGCCCAGGAGCUGGGGGUCUCCUUUGGAGAGUGCAGCGCUGCCCUGGGUCACAACAUCCUGGAGCCCAUGGUGAACCUGGCCCGGUCCCUCAAGAUGCAGGAAGACCUCCUGAAGGGCUCGCUGGUGGAGGUGGCCCCUGAGAGGCCACAGAAGAAGGCUGGCUGCUGCUCCUGACCACCUGGCCUGGCCAGAGUAGGGUAGCCACCGCCUUCGUUUUCCUGUUUCUCGGCUCCUGUCCCACCUUCCUGGACACAGCAGUGACAGAGGGGCCAGUGUGGAAGUUCAUGAAAAUCCUCUUCAGGUCAGGAUCCAGAUCCCAGGGCAGGGGCUUUGCUAACACUGCCUUAGCACAAAGAAGGGCUUUGCUGAGUAAAUAAAAUUUGGGGUAGGGGUCAGGGGUAAAACUCUUUAAAGGAAAAAUAUAGAAAAAUAACUUAAGGAAGAUAUACCAUGUUAUUGGCCACACAUCUCUGGGUGGUAAAAUUUUAGGGUGAAUAUGUGGGGGUGUUAUUUUCCUUUUUAUAUGUAUUUGUAUUUUCAGAUUUUCUACAAUGACUGGGUAUUCCUUAUAUAAUCAGAAAUAAAAAUAAAUGUUGAGGAGAGGGAAAGAAAAGAAACUUUUCAAGGAGCUCGCUUUGGUGUUGAUUACUGAUGGGUAUGGCCUGCUAAUUACAAGGUACUCUGUUUAUUAAAGCAGUCUCACUGUUCUGGGCCUGGCAAGCUGGCGAACCUGGUUUCACUCACUG